UUUCUUUCUUUCUUUUUCUUUCUUACUUUUUUUUUACAUAUAUAUAUAUAUAAUCCAAUAAUACAACACAUAUAUUUUUCAUGGCCGGUCUAAGAACUAUUAUUGCUCUCGCCUUUGUUCUUGCCAUUGGAUUCCUUCUUGUCAUCUUGUCAUGUGCUUUAUAUUAUAACUGGUGGCCCUUACUUGUUGUUGCAACUUACAUUCUUGCUCCUUUACCAAAUGCUUUAUGCGCAAGAUGUGCUGGUGAAUAUGAUAUCAUGUCUGACUACAAUAGUGGUGUUGUGGAUGCAGGUCACUUUAUUACUGGGAUGUUUAUUGUUACUGGAUUCUGUUUACCUUUUGUUCUUGCUCAUGCUGAAGUGAUUACUGUACCAGCAAUGAUCAUGAGUAUUUGUGGUGGUAUCCUGGUAUAUGGAACAAUCAUUGCAUAUACGCAUUUCUUCUCACAACAAGAUGAUGACUACUGAGAUCAACUUAUUUUGGUGACAUAUGUAUAUAUUGCUUUGACUUUUAUUCUUUUGGACAAAGGACAAUGAUUCCCCUCCACUUUUUAUUCAACACAUACACACACUCAUAUAUCUUCAUUAUCUCUAUUUGUUUUUUUUUUUUAUCUCCUUGAUUAUUGUUAUUAGUAUCUACUCUUUUUUUUUUUAAUUUAUGAUUUGGACAGAUAUAAGAAUAAAAGAAUCAAUCAUAUCUU